CCAGGUAAAGGGGGAGACUCGGAGAAGAUGGUGCUCACCGCGGUCCUCCUGCUUCUGGCCGCCUGUGCGGGACCGGCCCAGGGUCUGGGCUCCUUCGUGCACUGCGAGCCCUGCGACGAGAAAGCCCUCUCCAUGUGCCCCCCCAGCCCCCUGGGCUGCGAGCUGGUCAAGGAGCCGGGCUGCGGCUGUUGCAUGACCUGCGCCCUGGCCGAGGGGCAGUCGUGCGGCGUCUACACUGAGCGCUGCGCCCAGGGGCUGCGUUGCCUCCCCCGGCAGGACGAGGAGAAGCCGCUGCACGCCCUGCUGCACGGCCGCGGGGUUUGCCUGAACGAAAAGAGCUACCGCGAGCAAGCCAAGAUCGAGAGAGACUCCCGUGAGCACGAGGAGCCCACCACCUCCGAGAUGGCAGAGGAGACCUACUCGCCCAAGAUUUUCCGGCCCAAGCACACCCGCAUCUCUGAGCUGAAGGCCGAGGCUGUGAAGAAGGACCGCAGAAAGAAGCUGACCCAGUCCAAGUUCGUGGGAGGAGCUGAGAACACCGCCCAUCCCCGGGUCAUCUCGGCGCCCGAGAUGAGACAGGAAUCUGAGCAGGGGCCCUGCCGCAGGCACAUGGAGGCGUCCCUGCAGGAGCUCAAAGCCAGCCCGCGCAUGGUGCCCCGCGCCGUGUACCUGCCCAACUGUGACCGCAAAGGGUUCUACAAGAGAAAGCAGUGCAAACCUUCCCGUGGCCGCAAGCGUGGCAUCUGCUGGUGCGUGGACAAGUACGGGAUGAAGCUGCCGGGCAUGGAGUACGUGGACGGGGACUUUCAGUGCCACACCUUCGACAGCAGCAAUGUUGAGUGACGCAUCCCCUCCCCGUCUUUCCCUCACCCCAUCCCACCCCCAGCCCCGACUCCAGCCAGCGCCUCCCUCCACCCCAGGACGCCACUCAUUUCAUCUCAUGUAAGG